CUCUGGUGCUCGCGGAGAGCCCGGCCCGGCCCAUCGUGCGCGCAGGGGAGACUCGCGUGGUGAGACGGGGCGCGCGCUGAAAGGGCCCCAGGCGUUGGCAUUCGCUGGACUGGCCGUUGGCUGAGCGCGGCCCCUGAGCACGUCGGUGGGCGCCAGGCUCGCUCAAAGGCCAGGCCUGUCCGGGGACAGCAAGAGAGAUUGGGCAGGCCGUGAGAACCUGAGAACUCCGCGCAAAGAUGGCUGACAAAGGCAAAAAGCCCAAAGCGGAUGCGGCGGCGGCGGCAGCGCCGGCGGCCCCAGCGCCGGGGGCAGCGCCGGCGGCCCCAGCACCGGGGGCGGCGCCCCCUCCUCCAGACAAGAAAGAGGAGGAGAAACCGAAGGAAAAGAAGGUGGAGCCCAAGGAUGAAGUGGGCACGAGGAAAGGAUGUCGCCGCUACAGGUGGGAACUCAAGGACAGCAAUAGAGAGUUCUGGGUUAUGGGGCACGCCGAGGUCAAGAUCCUGAGCUUGGGCUGCCUAAUAGGUGCAAUGGUAAUGUUCACGGGGACCGUCGUGCACCCCCUCCUGACACUCGUCAUCACCAUGGAGGUUUCCGUCUUGUGCUUCUUCUUCAUUAUCCACACCUUCGCCAUCCAGAGAUACUUGCCCUUCAUCCUGUGGCCCAUUACUGACCUUCUCAAUGACCUGUUUUGCUGUAUUUUCCUUGGGGGGACCGUGUUCUUUGCUUUGACCACUCGAAAAACCAUGCCAAUGAACUAUGUAAUUGCUGUGGUCCUUAUUGGUCUGGCUGGACUUUUUGCUUUCAUUGAUAUAUGUCUUCAAAGAAAACACUUCAAAGGCAAGAAGGUCAAAAAGAAUGUGCUGGUUCCUCCAGCAAAGGAGCAAGCAAAGGAACCAGAGGGUGAAAAGCCAAAGGAAGAGGCAAAACCACCGGAAACAGAAGCAGACAAGGCAAAGAAAGCGGAAAAGCCAAAGGAAGCGGAAAAGCCAAAGGAAGCGGAAAAGCCAAAGGAUAAGGGGAAGGGAGGCAAGAAAUGACGUGAAGGAGACGCCUGCCGUCAGAAAUGGUGGCACAUUUUACGACAAAACAUAUUUCCACUGUCUUCCUUGUCUUCUUUCUAGAAUGGUUUUCUUUUCCGUUUUAAUAAUCACCUUGGCUUGGAAAAGAAAUUUCUCUUUAAAUGGAUUUUAAUACCUAAAGUUGAUGGAAACAUCAUUUUGCUCAUUCAACAAAGGUUAUUGAAAGUUUUGGUGCAGAGGGCGAGGCUGGAGCUGGGCCUCUCCAGGUGCUCAAGGCUGCAGGGCACAGAGGGUUUGGGGGACCAGAAGUGUGGGUGACGCCAGCUGUCGACACUGACCAGCCAAAGGGGCCAGAGGAAAACGAGAGACCGGAAAACAAAAGGAUGCAUUUUGUUCACACUGAUAUUUUUACUUUACAUUGUUUUUAAAGCAUCCAGGUAGUCACUAUGAGAAAAAUCAGGUUGCUGGCCUUCCUUACUCUUACUUUGCAGUUUAGUAUCAGUCUUCAUUUGAAGUGUACUCGGGA